CACCGUAUCUCUUUUCUUUUUUAUUUUCUUUUCGUUUUUAUUCAUUCAUAUGCCUGAUAACGAACCACCUUCUUCUGCUUCAGGCAAUAGAAUUGCAGCCAAUUUCUUUGGAUCUCCUUCUCUUUAUAACCAACCGAGACAAAAGAAAUUAGUUCCCACACAAGAUGCUGAUUGGAACAACCCUCCUCCUCCACCUUACUCACCUUCAAAUGAUGCAACUUAUUCUUUAGCACCGAAUGAACCCCCUUCUUCAGCAUCUUCUAUUCCUGCCAAUCCCAGUGCUCCUCCUUUAGAGCCAAUGGAUUCACCUUACCCAUCUACUCAAUAUCCCCUACCACAAUCUUUUGGAGGUUAUCAUUCCCAUCCUAACCAAUACGGUACCAUACCACAACAGCCUUAUCCAAAUGUAACUCAUACUACGUCAGAUGCCAACUGGCCUUGGUCAAUUUCGCCAAGUGAAGGCUCUCAACCUCAAUCCUCACCACCUCAACAACACUAUUAUUAUAAUACGCAACAAAAGAGACCUAAAACAUGUUGUGAGCUUCUGUUAAAAUAUCUAUUCUAUUUCUUUUGUAUCUGUCUUGUCAUUCGAUUGAUUGAAUUAUUGUCUGGCAAUGCUGUCUAUUCAGGUACAUGCCCUGAUGGUAUGAUUUGGGACAAGCUCCCUGAUCAUAUCAAUUUCUCCUCAGAUGGACUCAAGAUUCAGGUGGUCAAUGGUCAUCUUUCAGCAGGUCAAAUCAAUCUUAAGCGAAUUGAUGACACAGAUCGACAAGAAGGCAUUGUCACAGGCACCAUCAAGGCCACCGUAUUGGUUUCUCCUAAUAGCUUGAUCAAUGACCCAGGCCUGGAUUGCAGAGUCGUGCAUUCAUCUGAAGGCACGCUGUUGGAAAUCAAGAUACCUCAGCACUAUGAUGGUCGUUCUUGUGUCAGCUUGAAUGCUGAUAUUUACUUGCCUGACUCACUAAGUCACCUUCAUAUCCUUGCGACUAACGUCAAAGUCAAAUUCAAGGACACCGGUGUUCUCAAGAUUGAUCAACUCUAUGUAAGAUCAAGCAAUGAAGACAUUGAGAUGGGAUCUGAAUGGCAAGGACAGACAAGUACGUUGACCACCACCAACGCAAAAAUCUACCUGGAGAAAACCAUGACGGCCGUGCAAGAUGUGACACUCGAGACAACCAACAGUAAAAUCCAACUUAAGCAACCGAUCAAGGCAGGUGCAUCGAUCCGCCUUAUCACCAAAAAUGAUGUGAUCAGCACGGAGGGUUUAUUGGACGCACCUGUGCUGGAGAUGACCACCACCAAUGGUGCUGUCCGUGCAAACCAAUUGAAAGCAUCUCAGUCUAAAAUCAAGACAACAAAUGGUCGAGUGGUCAUUGCAAAUGCUAAAGUAGAAGACAUGUUUCAUGUUGAGACAAGCAAUGAUCUUAUUUCAGUGGUGAUGACAGAAUCAGACCAUUCUAAAGUGAGUCUGACGACAACGAAUGGUGACAUUGAUGUUAUCAUGCCUGUUUAUUUCCAAGGCGGUUUUGAACUGGAGUCUAGUCAAGCUAGUAAAUUUAUAAUCGAAGAUCCCCUCCAUUGGGCAAAGAUUGAAUUCUAUCAAAGAGGCCAAACUAGAGGAACACGCUACUCAAACGAAUACAAAGAUCUUCCAAAAUUGAUUGGCCAUCUUACCAGCAUGACUAGUCAUGGUUAUAUUCGUGUUGUUUAUGGUCCAAAAUAAUACAAUCCUUUAUUCACUUGUAUCCAAUUCAUCUUCAUCUGAUAAUGUGCGAGGCAUGAUAUCAUCUUUACGAUGCAUAUUGCCCAUGUGUUCUAAAUGAUCUCUUUUCUUUUCAGCUGCAGCCAUGACUCCCUUGGCUGCCCUAGGCUCCAUCUCUUCAAAUGUUUGCCAGAUAUAAUACUUGAGACGGCGUGCAUUCGGUAAAUCCUGAAUCAUUUUCGCAAUGGUAGGAUGUUUAAAGCCAUAAUAAUCAGGACCACUGGCUGAAUUCGAAUGGUCUCGGUGCCUGAUUUCAUUUGAACGACGCACGACCACUGUCCAGGCACCUGUAGCCGAGUUGGCAAUGAUAGGUUCAUCGGGCUGAUC